AAUCCAGAGGAUCAGGCUGUUGAUUGCAGUUACAGCACACCUCACUCACUAGGAACUACCUGUGAUCAGUCUCUUUAAGAAGCUUAGCCAAGGAAAAUUGCCACAAGAGAGGAAGAGGAGAUGGCUCAACCUUCCUGUCCUUCUCCCUUUCUUUGGCCUGCAAAUCUACGCAUGAGGACUGCCAUUGCUGGGGUUUUUAUCUUAUCCUGCCUCUUAAGUGGUGUCGGAGGUGUGAUUUGCAGGUCAUGCAAUCUGUCCAUCCCAUUCCAUGGAUGUCUGUUAGACCUUGGAACCUGCAGAACAAAGCCUGGUCAGUAUUGUAUAAAAGAGAUCCUCGCUAAAGGCGGAAUCCAGUGGUAUUCGGUUAAAGGCUGCACCGAGGACAAAUCAGAGUGCUUCAAGAGAAUCGUGAAGAAUUACGAAAUCCGCUCUAGUCACUGCUGCCACCAGCCCCUGUGCAACUUCUGAGGAAGCAGCCUAUAUCCUUGUCACUAGACCAGUCAGGCAGAUCUGAAGCCUGGCCUGAUCUUCAUGUGAUGGCCGCCGUCAUGUAGGUGCUUAGGGCCAUGGUCAGAAGCUGACUUUGACAUUCACUACUUCUAUAUCCCCCCCAGCCCCUCCCCACAGUCUCCUGUGUAUCUCACAAGAGCUCUGUGUUAAAGAGCUUUGUUUCUGUUGCUGCGAUAAAAUACUUUGAUAAGGAGAAAUUCAGGGAGGAAAGGGUUUACUCGGCUUGUACUUCCAAGUCACCGUCCAUCACUGAGGAAAAUCAGGGCAGGAACGCAAGGCCAGAACCUGGAGGCAGGAAUUGAAGCAGAGGCCACUGAGGAACAAUGCUUACUGGUUUGUUCCUCAUAGCUGGCUCCUUUUGCCUUCUUAUAUGUCCCAGAUGCCCCAGGGACAGUACCACUAAUCAAUCAAGAAAAUGCUCCCAUAGACCUGCCCUCAGGUCAAUCUGAUGGAGACAUUUCCUUACCUGAAGCUCCCUCUUCCCAAGUGACUCCAGCUUAGGUCAAGUUGACCCCAGAUCCCCAAAAUAAUCCUUUCACCAUCAUAUCUUCCCCUGCUUCUGCUUCUUUCCCCACUUGUGGUGUUAGCAAGGUGACAGAGAAGCAAAAUGACCAUGGCUCUCCAAGCCAAACCAGACACAUAGUCUCUAAUUAGCUUAUGUCCCUAAACAUUUCCACACUAACAAGUGUGGAUGCUGACAAGUGAAUUACAUCACUGGACCCAGAGUGAAUGUGGUUUAUGGGAGAAACUUGCAGAUCCCAUAAAAAAUGAUAUGCCACAAAUCAGCAAACCAGGCCUUUGGGGAUGGGAACCCCAACAGCAAAGGCCAAAGGCAGGCGGGAAGACCACCGCCUCAGUUCUUCCUUCUGCGUCAGGACUGGCCCAGAUGCUGGGUUUCCAUAGUUAACCCAUGCCCACGUGCUUGUCUGCUGCAGGUCAAUCAAACGAUCCCAGACAAGCAGGGCUGGGUGCUCACUCUCAGGGAAUCCAAGAGCCUUGUCUGACAUUGGGUUUCUGUUCUGCCCAUUCUGUGCCUUCUUCCUGCAGCCUGAGCACACUCUUACUUUACAAUCACCCUUGGACUUCUCUGCAUGUUUGGGGGUUUGAAAAAUACCAAAAUCUUCUUGUCCUUUUCUAAGGACUUAGGAUCUCUACUGUCCUGCAAGCUAUGUUUUUCUAAAAACUUUGAAGAAAAAAAUUUUAAAUGCAAUUGUAGGCAGGUAUGAUGGUAAAUGCUUGUUACUCCAACAUACAGGAAGCAAGGGCUGGACAAUCAGAAAUCAGGCCAUGAAGCACAACCUUGUCUCAAAACAAAACAAACAGUAAACUAAAGCCUAAGACAGACUUCCCCCACACGUCAGCUUGAUUCCUUAGAUCCUAUUUCUGAAACUAAGAAAACAACAUCUUCAUCUUUAAUCACCCCAUUCUGUCAUUUUUUAAAAAUCAUCAGUAAACAGCUGUUGCCUCAGAUCAGCAAACUUUUCUUGUGCUUUUGAAAAUGUCCUGUCACCAACUCAAUGUCAUGGGGGCGAAUGCCAAGCUUACACAGCCAGUGGCCCCUGACAGAGGCUUCCCCAACACAGUCACAGUCUCUGGAAUGCCACAAGAAAAGAAUUAGGAAAUAAGUGCUCACCUGCUUGGCGAGCCAUGUGAGUUUCUCCUCCACACAGAAUGACUCCAUGAAGACCUUUCCUCCCCAGAGGCCGCUCUGUCUUCUCUCCUCCAGGUUGGCCCCUCAGAACCUCAUCCUCUUCACACAUAAAAUGAAGUGGAGUGGCUCACAUAAUAUCUUAAGAUAGUCUCACGUCCAAAGUCAGAGUCCUGACACUUUAUCUCUUUGUUUCCUUAGAUACAAACACGACAGUAGACUGACCACAAUAAGGUAGACCCAGGUCUGACAAUGUUCAUCCUACUCUGCAUAAUCCAGGAAACUGGGCAGAGAAAUGCAUGCCAUGAGUAAAACAAAUGCCAUUGAUGUAGCUGACUGGUACAACAAUACCAACCCCAAAGUCACCAUGGCAACAAAAAUAAGCCAUACAAUACUGGUGUGUAAAGCAGAAUGCGACCCCAUAAAGAUGUCAAUGCUCUAGUCUC